AUGACCCUCAUUGGCUCCAUUUUGAAGAAAGUAAAAUCCAAAGACUCUGUUAACGGAAAAUAUACCUCACCGCCACCAGAACUUACCAACAUUCCUAAGUCAAGGAAGAGGAAGUCGAUUAACAAGUACUCACACGUUAAAGCGAUGGUGGAUAGUGCGCCGCCGAGCUACGACGCGAAACGUCCGUAUCGCGAUUUACAAAAAUGGCGGCGACAUGCAUGGCAACUGGCAACCGAAAACACACGUUUAUUAAUGGCUAUAAAAUUGACUCAAUUUAAUCGUGGUAAGGUAGACAGCCGUUGGAGGGAACGUCUCCCAGCAAACAAAGUGUAUUACGAGAACCGGGCGCUCUUCUUGAAAGAAGUGCAAAGGGAAAACAAGGCGAUCUAUAAGCGUAUUCUCAAAGCCAGCCCUCAAGUAUCACCUACUUCGAUGCUGCAACGUGAUUGGGCACACAACCGCCGCGAAAUACUUAUGAAAGCGAAAAAUAAGUUCGUGCUCUUUCCUCCAGAGCCUAAAGAAAUAAUAGAGGAUGCUAUCUUUAUAAAACCACCUCAAGUUAAGCGACCAAGAGUUUAUUUUACCCUCCGUUUUCGUGGAGGAGCAUCAAUCGGCGAACUGAAGGCCGAGCUGUUUGAAGACAUCUGUCCUGUGACCUGCCGCCUAUUUCUCGAUCUUUUGGACGGCGAUGAGUUCGGUUACGGAUAUGUUGGAACUUGUUUCUUCAGAAAAGUACCGGAACUGUUCUGGAGUGGAGGGGAUGUGAUUCACGACAACGGUUUCGGAUGUUAUGCGCAGCGCGGGUGUACCGUACCCAUUGGAGCCGAGAACUACCAUUUUCCUCAUUCGAUGCCAGGUUUGCUAUCAAUGAGAGUGACCCGCGACGACGAAGUUUGCGGCAUUUUCAAUAUCACUUUCAAGCCGUUGCCGCAGUUCGACUUACGGAAUGUUGUUUUUGGACGGAUAAUCCGGCCAUCUAAGGUAUACGAAACAAUCCGGGAACUAGGCAAUGCCUUGAGCACGCGACCGGUUGUGGAGCUGUCUUCAGCGAGACGUUUUGUUGAUGGAAAAUGGCGUUAUGGCGCGAAAAACACAAAAGUUAUUUGUAAUAACAAAAAGUAA